ACGAUCCCUUUCCUCAAGUAAAUAAUUAUUCCAUAGAAAAAAAUGGGAUACGGUUAUCAUUUGUUGUUGACUUUGUCAUUAAUUUCCGUGAUUGCGGCGCGUUAUGAAGACUGUGAGAGACCACCUAGCGUUAAUUAUGCGAACAUCCGUAUCGAAGACGAAGAGACAGCUAUACGUGCUAUUUAUACUUGUUUGUCGGGUUACGAAUUAAAGGGACCGUCUGAAGUAGUAUGUGAUUUGGAUACAGAUGAAUGGAUUACCGAAAUACCGGAAUGUAUACGACAAAGUGAUUCUAAUGAAAUGAAUGCGGAAAACGCGAAUAAGAAGCGAAAACAAUCUGAUAUAGUUGAAGAUCGUUCGGUAUCUGCAGAUUUGGUUGCUACGUUGGAUAUGUCUUGCGUUCAGGCUAAAGUGAAAGCACCUGAGAUUCGACAUGGCUACGUUCAAAAAUAUGACAGAAGACGUAGAGGCGACAAUGUUUUUCUCGUAGCUUCGUACUCUUGCAAUGAGCAUUUUGAGCUCGAAGAUAGUGAAAUUAAUACAUUAUAUUGUAGCGAUCGCAAAUGGGUUGGCGAGCUACCGGUUUGCAUAUCAUUGGGCGAAUAUGUCGAAGAAGAAGAUGAAGAAGAAUAUGGUGAUUAUGAUAAUGGCGAUGAAGACGAUGGUGAAGAUGACGGUGUUGUUCGAGAAAAAACGCCUAGGCCGGUUAUUCGUGAACCACCUAAUGAGUCGCCGCCUUCUUCCAGUUCUGAAGAUGGCCAUAAAGUAGAGGGAGAUUUAACCGAAGUCUCAACAGAAGCGAAUAUAGUAGUGGAGCCCACGCAAGAUCCUUACACACCUCGAAUUCUAGACGAGGAAUGCGGUGCUAAUAAAGGUGGUUGCAGUCAAAUGUGUGAACGAUUGUUAUACCCUGGUGAAAAUGAGCCUAGAUUGCGGUGUUCUUGUCAUGAAGGGUUUAGCUUGGAUCCCUACGAUUAUUCCACCUGUCAUGAUAUAAAUGAAUGUCUUCUUGGCAAUGGUGGCUGUGAACAAGUUUGUGAAAAUUUACCUGGUUCUUUUCAAUGCACUUGUGAGCCCGGCUAUCAACUUGAUACUUUUACUGGCACUACAUGCAUUGAUAUCAAUGAAUGCGAAGAUCCCGAAAAGUCUGUAGAAUGUACAGCAGGCUGCGAAAAUACACCUGGUUCGUACCAUUGUAUUGCUAUUAAUUCCCAUUCUGCUGAAGAAAACGAUUUAAUCCGUACGGAAGUUUAUACAAAAAUAUCCGAAAGCACUUCACCAGUCGCAACUUUGGAAUGUGCGGCGGGAUAUCGGGCUCUUAACGGCCACUGUGUGGACGUUGAUGAAUGUUCAGAAAUGACUCACGACUGCGAGAUUUGCCUUAAUACGGAUGGUGGUUUCCAAUGCUCUUGUUCUCCCGGUUUUUAUUUAGCUGUUGACAAUAGAACCUGUUUGGACAUUGACGAGUGCUCUAUUGUAGUGGAAUACAAUGAAAACGAAGUUCCUUCUAGGCUAUGUUCACAUUACUGUGAAAAUACAAUUGGCGGUUUUGUAUGCUAUUGUCCCCCUAAAUAUCAUUUAUUUGAAGACUUGCGCACAUGCGUGCUGGAUAGAUGCGAAGAUUUAAACAGUCAUGAUUUAAAUAAAACUCAGUGCUCGCAUGAUUGCAAUGAUCUCUUGGAUGGUUCAUACGAGUGUUUAUGUGCUGAAGGUUACAAAUUAUCCGAAGAUGGUUUUACUUGUUCCGAAAUUGAUGAUAUUUGUUCCCAUAGUCAUGGUAAUGAACGUUGUUCUCCUGGUACUUGUCAGCCUACCGAAAAUGAAACGAGCUUUAACUGCAUAUGUCCUAUUGGAUAUGUACAAAACAAUCAUAGCUGCAUCGACAUCGAUGAAUGCAGAGAGGAAAGUCACAAAUGCUCUCACGAGUGUGUCAACAUUGAAGGCGACUACCGUUGUUUGUGUCCUGAAGGUUUCAAGUUUAGAGAGAGCAGUACUAAUGAAUGCGAAGACAUUGAUGAAUGUCAAGUGCAGAACGAAAUUUGUGGCAGUUUGCAAUGUGUUAACUAUCCAGGAACUUUUAAAUGUGUGUGUUACGACGGUUCCGAGCCUGACGAGAAUACUGGCCUGUGUGAAUCAGCCGUCGAAGAUCCUUGCGUUAACCAUCCUUGUUCACAUGGAUGUAUAUCAGAUGGACAAACAUUUGUAUGCACUUGCCCGGAAAAUAUGACGUUAGAAAACUUAGGGCAAAAUUGUAUUGGUUUGGAUCUUUGUUCGAUAAAUAAUAAUGACUGCGAACAUAUUUGUAACUCUGAUGAACACGGAAUGUGUUCCUGCUAUCAAGGCUUUAGAUUAGAUGAUACUGGUAAAACUUGUGUAGACAUUGACGAGUGUGAAGAGGGAAAUGGCGGCUGCCAUCACUUGUGCACAAAUUUCGCAGGUUCAUACAUAUGUGCCUGCGAGUCAGGUUAUGAAUUGGCCGAAGAUCAAAGGAGUUGUUUGGACGUUAAUGAAUGUUUAGUGGGGCAACAUGAUUGCUCUCAUGAAUGUAUAAACAUUGAGGGUGGUUUCGAGUGCACUUGUCCCAAUGGCUACUAUUUGAGCAGUAAUCGUUCACUCUGUUUGGAUAUGGAUGAAUGUUCGACUACCGAUCAUGGCUGCAGCCAUAAAUGUGUUAACACGAUGGGUUCCUAUGAAUGCGUUUGCCCAUCGGAAUCGACUCUGGCAGAAGACGGAAAAAGCUGUAUAAAUUCCGCUUGUUUAAUAAACAAUGGUGGCUGUUCACACUUUUGUAGCAUUGAAAUAGGUUGUAAUUGUCCAGCAGGCUGGGCGUUGCAAGAUGAUCGUAAAACAUGUUAUGAUAUUAAUGAAUGCUUGUAUAAAAACGGCGGAUGUGAUUUUAAAUGUGUUAACACAGAGGGUUCUUAUGAGUGUUUGUGCCCUGAUGGUGUUCAACAAAGAAUUGGUGAAUCCUGCUUGCCCAUAUGUCCCGCAGGUUACACAGUCAGCCCAGAUGAUCCCACUAGAUGCGUGGAUAUCAACGAAUGCUUAGUACCUGAUAUAUGUGAAUUUGGUUGCCUUAAUAUCAACGGUUCGUAUGAUUGCUUAUGUCCAUCUGGCUAUAGGUUGGAAGAUAGAAGACGUUGCGUUGAUAUUGACGAAUGUGAUGAAAAUAAUGGCAGAUGCUUGGGUGGCCAGUGCAUAAAUCAUAUGGGUAGCUUUGAGUGCAAAUGUUCCUCAGGUUAUCGCUUAGCUGACGAUCGCAAAACUUGUGAAAAGCGUAUUGAACUUCGUGACGAAUGUCCCGUUUUUGAGCCGCCAGAGAAUGCGGAAAUUCAUUGCACUAAGUAUCGUCAUAAGCAGCGUUUGUUUUACAACACUCGUUGCAAGAUAUGGUGCAAGCAAAAGUAUCGUCUGGUUGGCCCCAGUCAACGUUAUUGUAAUGCCUCGGGUCAAUGGGAUGAUUAUCAAAAUUUGUGUCUGCCUGUAGUUUGUCCUCCCUUAUCUCAACCUAUGCACGGUAUUGUGCUACCGCACUCGUGCACAACAGGUCGCACAUAUGUGGGAGAACGUUGUCGUUUGCAGUGCAAUGCUGGCUAUGUGCCAGUGGGAAAAUCAGUGUCAAUGUGCACACAACAGAUGCAAUGGUCGUAUAAUGACCCUUUUGAGUGUAAGCCAAAGGAAAUUGAGACACGUAUGGGUAGCACAAAUGGUUUCACACCUUUGCCAUUGCCAACUGUGCCCACUUAUGAUAUUGCUACACCAUUUAAUAAUCGUUCUCUUAGUGGUGUUGGUUUAACAACGAACAUUGGUGGCGGUCAUGGAAUACGCAGCCCAUACAUUAAAUGCCCGAGAAAUACGACAGUUUUUUUGGAUGCCAGUGAACGAACGACUCAUGUUAUAUUACAGAAGCCCAUUACAAAUAUGGACUACCGUUACAUACAAUCUUCCCCCGCUUGGACUAGAGACUUGGAGGCUCAUCUCUCGGCAGGUAUUCAUGUGGUCAUAUUUCGUGGUUACGACCCUAUAACCGGUAGACGAGCACGUUGCAAAACUGUUAUAAAUGUUAGAUAUGCUGAAAGCCCUCAAGCUGUAUUUUGCACACCAUCAUUUGAAGUGACUUUAGGAGAGAAUCAAGCCUAUCGUUCGGUGGUAUGGGAGGAGCCACGUUUUGAAUCUAAAGAUGCUGGCAUUAAGAUAGUUUAUAAGUCCCGGUUACCCGGUGAGCUCUUUGGAGUGGGAGUGCAUAAAGUGUUUUAUGAAGCCACAAGUGAAAAUGGUCUAGUGGCACAGUGCGAGUUUAAAAUUACAGUAAAAAAACACUCAUCUAAUUUGGAAACGCAAUUGAAUUUUAAUUUGGAAUCUGCCUAUACACCAACAAGAACACAUAUUACGAUGAACGCGCCAAAUUUUCCGGCUAGCAGUUUUGCUACGAAGGAAACAUCAAACUCAUACCCCUCAAACGAGAAUACGAAGCUCCCUUCUCAAACCGAAUUUAAAAGGAACAAGUUUAUAUCAAAUUGGGUUCAACCAGCGCCGAAGGCUUAUGAAGCUUCGGGAAAGUCAGUUCAGCCCCAUUUACCGCCUUUAUAUACUCGCACAAAAUUCAAUGAUAACACCGAGCCGCAUCCAUCGGAAAAUUCUCUAGAUUCAAUUUUGGAAACUAUUUACUCACCCCCCAGUACAAUACCAACAGCUUUAAAUACAGCUAAUCAAUUUUCUGCAUCCGCUGAACCAGCUUUGAUUUCGCAUCAUUCGAAUUUUAGACCUAAUUACAAUCAACCACGAUUAUAUUCUACUCUAGUGCCUAAUAAGCCAAUUCAUACAAAUUCAGUUUCUAUUCCUACAGUUCAUUCGAGCUCUACCAUUGACACAAUCAUGACGAGGGCUCACUUACUGCCCGGUCAUGAGUCUUUCAUCAUAUGCCCGGGAGAAGAGCCGGUUAAAGUCACUAAUGCUAAAUCUGUCGAAUUACCGGCUAAUUGCAUUUUGAAAAACGUGCGUCACAAUUCGUUCCGUCAAUUUGUGAAGAGACAUUCUUUAGCAAAGGUUCGUCAUUCGUAUGGAUAUAAGUAAAAUAUAAUUUCAUAAAGC